UUUUGUUUGUUCUGUCUAGUGUCUACUUCACUCACUCCUCACUCUCUAUUCAGCUGGGACUGUGAGUGUGAGCUUUCACUUCAUUGCUUUUUGGAACUUUGUCAUUCUCUCUCUAAUGGCGGCUCUCUUCCAAUCUGUGAUUGUAAGUUCUCUUCCUCUUUCAUUCAUUCAUUCACUCAUUCUUCUCAGUUGGGGUUGUAACAAUAUGUAACACUUGCUUCUUGCUUUUGAGGUAGUAUGUCAGUCUUCUCCCUAGGGAAAGAUGAAAUUGAAGUCUAAGAAAGGAUGGAAAUCUAUUGUACCUCUUCAUUUGAAAGGAAAGUCAGCGACUCGCUUUUCUUUAUUUCGCAAAGUUAAUUCAGCUAGCUAUGGACCUGGCAAAACACCAGUUUAUCUGAAUGUGUAUGACUUGACACCCAUGAAUGGUUAUGUGCAUUGGGCUGGUCUUGGUAUAUAUCACUCUGGUGUAGAAGUUCAUGGUGUAGAAUACGCAUUUGGAGCUCAUGACUACGCAACAAGCGGUGUUUUUGAGGUUGAACCUCGGCAAUGCCCAGGCUUCAAAUUCAGGAAGUCAAUAUUCAUUGGAACUACAUCUUUGGAUUCUGUUCAGGUUAGGGAGUUCAUGGAACGCCAGUCAGCAAGCUACAAUGGUGACACGUAUCACUUGAUUGUUAAGAACUGCAAUCACUUCUGCAAAGACAUCUGCUUCAAGCUGACAGGGAAAUCAAUUCCAAAGUGGGUUAAUCGACUAGCCAGGCUAGGUUCAAUUUGCAACUGCAUUCUUCCUGAAGCACUGAAAAUUUCUGCUGUGGGACAUGAUCCUGAUUGUCAGCCUCGUGAUAGUGAAAAGAGAAGGCUUCGAAACUCCUUCAAUUCCCUGUCCUCGAUCUCCAUGCGUCAAAAGCAACUGUCUAAAUCUUCACUAUUUCUGCAGUCGCCACUAAGAGGGUGCUUGUCGUCAUCCUGGCCCUCGUGGGAGUUGAGGAAGUCCAUUAAUCGCUCCUUGAAAGAAAGGUAACUGUUCAAAAUGUAGGAAGGAAAUGCAUGUAUGGUUGUAUUCCUACGACUUUUGCUGUCUGUCUUUUGUAAGUAGAUUUUAGGUUGUCACAUAACUUGUUCACUUUCAAAUACAUUUUCUGUUGUCCUUGGCUGUUAAGUUUAUCCCUUUCUUAUUGAAUGUGGCGCAACGUUUGCCUUCGUCUCA